AUGGCUUUGAUCACGAAUAUGUUAUUGUAUGGAUUUUUACACAUUCGUAGAAAAUUAGAAAGCAUGAAAAUGGACGAAAUAUUAGAUAGCAAAAACUCGGACAUAUGUGCACGGUCAAACGGAAGUAACAAUGGCAUUGACGAUAAGAUUCGACUUGUUUCAGAAUCUAUUCGGAAAAGAGGCACGUGGGCAGUCGACGGUAGAGGCCCACGACAACACGAGGAAAUGAUCGACAAAGUGAGAGUGCCUAACAAUAAAUAUGAAAUUAAUCACGCCUUUGGAAAGAAAUUAAGGUACACGAGAGACGUCCGCGAUCCGGAAUUUUUGAUCCCGAGAAGAGUGUUCGAAGAUGGCAGCCUCGACACGUACUCGCUGCCAAAUUUCUAUGAUCGGCGUGAGUUGAGCGAGCGUAAGAAGAGAUCGACAGAGGCGGGCGAGCAGGAGCCUCAGACCGAUAAAGUGCACCUGGUGCUGCCUUUCAACGGGAUCGAACAUCACGUGGAGCUCAGCCCCUAUCACGAAUUCAUCUCACCCGACAUGGUAAUCGAGACGCGGGGCGCCGGCCUUAGAACUAACUUGGACGAGGCGUUGCGAUUCAAGAGAGCCCCCGAUCGACAAUGCCAUUAUCGGGGCUUCGUUAGAGAUCACCAGAAAUCGAAGGCUGCCCUCUCUCUCUGCGACGGUGUGGUCGGCUAUGUGCAAACUGAUCACGAUCGGUACUUUAUCGAACCGGUGAACGAAGCUGAACCGCAACAGGAUGGACAGCACGUUCAUAUAGCUUACAAACGGGACGUUCUGCACGAGAGUGGCGGAGGUCCGGAUCAUGGUUACAGCUUCUGUGGAACUUCUGAUAAUUGGGAGGCCGCAUGGGCGGAACAGUUGGCCAAACGAGAAAAGCGACUGAUGGAGGAAAACCUUGACAAGGCAACUUCCUAUUCACACAGUAUCCAUCGCUUUCUAGAGAUUGGAUUGAUCGCCGACAGAAGGUUCCUCGAUUUUUACAACAAUAGCAACUACGAACAGUAUCUGUUGACUAUCAUGAACAUGGUGUCGGAUCUUUAUCACGACGGAUCUGUCGGCAAUCAAAUAGACGUAGUCAUCGUUCGCAUAAUAUAUUUGGAGAAGGAAAAGGAAGAGAUAGAUUUGAUGAUUAGUCCCAAAGCGGAAACAACGUUGGCGAGUUUUACCAAGUGGGCUCAAAAGAUGAACCCUAAGGAUCACACUCACCCAAACCAUUUCGACAUAGCGGUUCUCGUAACUAGAUACGACAUUUGCUCGGAAACGGCGACACAUUGCAACCUGUUGGGUCUGGCAUACGUCGGGACUGCUUGCGAUCCUGAGAAAGCAGCCUGCAUCACUGAAGACACCGGCCUACUGCUUGGAGUCGUAAUUGCCCAUGAAGUUGGUCACGUGAUGGGCUGUUCGCACGAUGAGGUGAACAUCAGUGGCUGUGAAUCCAAAGACAAGGACGGCAGUUAUUUCGUCAUGUCACCGAUUGUCAACAUCCAUACGUACAGAUGGUCGCCAUGCAGCAGAAGAUACAUCACCAACUUGCUCGAAACCGGCUUGGGCGAGUGCUUGAUUAACGAUCCACGAAAUCCACCAGAGAAAUUCAAGUAUCCGGGCAUGUUAGCCGGUGCGAUGUACGACGGUAAUUUUCAAUGUGACAUGAGCAUGCCUGGAUCGAAGAUCUGUCCCGGUAAUGCAGGGCUAAAUGCAAUGUGCGAGAUGCUGUGGUGUGCGGUGGCGAAUACAACUUGUUACACCAAAGGGUCAGCCAUGGCCGAAGGAUCAAAAUGCGGAGAGAACAUGUGGUGCAUUCACAAGAAAUGCGUGCCCAUAGGCACCAGACCGGCGGCGGUGCACGGUGGCUGGGGCAAAUGGGGUCCCAUGAACAGUUGCAGCAGAACCUGCGGCGGUGGUCUGAAAUACGCUGAGAGGGAAUGUGACAAUCCGCCGCCAGCCAACAAUGGCAGAUAUUGCUUGGGAGAGAGGAAGAGGUUUACCCUUUGCAACACCAUGCCCUGCGACUAUAAGAAACCGUCGUUUCGCCAAGUGCAGUGCAGUAUAUUUAACGAUCAAGAUAUCCUGUCCGACGGCAAACAUAACUGGACCGCGUAUCCCAUCCAUGAUGCGACGAUCGAUCCAUGCGAAUUGUACUGCAUCAAUGAAAACUUCGUAUACACCAAGCUCCAACCUUCGGCGAAUGAUUCCACUCCGUGCAAGGGUGGUACCAAUAACAUAUGCAUCGGUGGUAAAUGCAGGAAAGUCGGUUGCGACUGGGUGUUGGGUUCGGAUGCGAUCUACGACAGGUGCGGGAUUUGCAAAGGCGCCUCUAUUGUAUACAUGUAUCCUGAGCCACGGAGAGAAGAAAUUCAAAUAAAGGGACCCAUAGCGGAAGACAUUCGAUUAGAAUACAUAUUCUUCAAACGAAAUGAAAAUCCUGGGAUCCGUUAUGAGUAUUAUGUGCUAUCAAGUGACCCAUCGUAUAAACCGAAAUACUUAUGGGAUUUCAUGGAAUGGUCCGAGUGUAGUGUUAAAUGCGGCGGUGGUACAAUGAUAUCAGAGGCAGCGUGUAUCGAAGAACACGGUGGAAAAGUGAGUCCUACAUUUUGCGAAGGCAUACCACGACCAGAUCCAAAAAGCAGAGUUUGCAACUCAGAGCCCUGUCUCGCGAAGUGGCGAGUGAGCCAAUGGAGCAAGUGCAGCGCCUGCGAUAGAAAGAAAGGAAAAAGGCAUCGUAAAGUGCAAUGCGUGCGAGCUGCGGCUCGUGUUGGCCAGGACGACGUUCAGGCGAAUCUGAACGCGUGCAAAGGUCGCGUGCCGAGACAGGAGGAAGAAUGCAUAGGCAAAAGGCCGUGCAAGAAAAUCUGUCGAAAAAUGGCCCGAAACGCGAACGAAGAGGUGGUCGUUGAGCCCGAGAGGAAGCAAUCACUGCAUCCCGAGGAACGAGCUAAGAUGGUCGAUAAGUUCGUGGACUUGAGUUUGGCCCGGUAUCUGGAAAAGUCGUACGGUGUCCCUCGCGAAGCUGAGGAUUCGAGAACGGCUAUUGACACGGCCGAUUUCCGGCAGCUACUCCGCGAAUGGUCGCUGGCCGACGAAGAGAAGAGGAAACGCGGUGCCUGCGACCGAAACGUGUCUACCCCAAAGCCUGGAACGAUCAUUAAAGACUCGGUGCCAGUCGAGGACGUGGUGUUGCUAGAGGCGCCUUACUUAGAAGAGAAUCUGCAAACGAAUUUGUCGGACAGAGCGUUUCAAGAAGUCGGUGAUAUCGUUGGUGGCAGUAUCGACACUUCCAGGGUGAAGAUGUAUACAGGCACGAAGGCUGUCGAGAUGAUUGAAAGGCUGGAGGGGCGUAAUCUUACCGGUCUUCCCCUCAAAAAAGAGAAUUACAGCUACGCUGGAUUAUCUAAAAUUGUCGACUUGGCGGACCAGCAAAAGUGAGACAUGAAUUCUUGAAUUAUCUAAUAUGGCAUGUUUGGUACUUAUAAAGGAUAAUUGUUAAUCGAUAGUUAGAGUGUUAGUGCAUGCAAGUAGAAGUAUGUAGUAUUUAGAAGUAUUGAGAAAAUAUAGAUAAAGUCUUGUAUUGUGAU